AUGGAUAUCGUCACCACUUCCAACUUUCACGCCACGCUGCUGCCGGGCCUCGUAAGUGUCGUGUUUGUGCCGGCCGAACACAUUCGCCACGGCAGCUGGCCACUGCUUAAUUUGCUACUGUACAAUGGCUGUAGCUUUGAUGAGAACGAGGGUGGUUGUGUUCGCACCGCGAGUCACAUGUGUCGCGCCAAACAAACCGAGAUCUUUUCCAUUGUCUCGGACCGAGAAGGCACUACAUUGUUUAUGGAUCCUAGUGGUGUCAACAUAUUUCAGCAUGCGGGAAUGAUGGACGUGAUUACUGUUGCUCCACAAUCGUGGCGAGCAAUUCAGAUUCAUUUAGGCCCGAUGGUCGCUGAAUUUCCAGGUGUCGUAAGAUUCUUGUCAAAGCUGCUGGCUGAUGAUCAUAUAAGUAUUCUCAACAUGAGUACAUACGACACGGACGUUAUUUUUGUUCAAGAACACCACCUGAAGACUGCGAUAUCAUGUCUGCAGCUAAAACUGUCCAGGGGCUUGCACGGAUUAAAAGAGGCCAAAGAAGCAGAAAACGCUCGAGCACCACCGAAUUAUUCCUGUGACGCUGGGGAAAGCGGUGAAGUGACUGGUGGAUUAGUAAGCGCUGUUCGUCUAGGAGAUGGCCAAUAUCUAACAGUUUACGCGGAAUCACUUGUACUUGUUAGACUAAAAAAGGAUACGCUUCGAGCCAGUGCUUACGGACUAACGCGAUUAGUUUUGUUGUCAUCUGGGUCAGCUUCAAAUGAUAAUAGUAAUCGUGAAGGGCUAAGCGAGAUGUCCUUUUGGUGCUUAUGCGAGACCGCUGAGGAGGUGAGUGUCAUCAUGGACGAGCGCUGUUUGUCAUCAUUUGAGGAGGACUCUUUGAUCAUAUCACCUGAUCGAUGGCGUGCGAUUAAGCUGAGCGGUCGUGCAUACGGCUUUGAUGAAACUGGUGUAGUAGCAGUCAUGUCGGGCUGCAGUACGGAUGCACAGGUACUUAACGUGAGCUGCUUUGGCUCGAACAUUACUUUUGUUCUUGACUGCAUGUUGGACGAAGCGAUUGAAACACUUUGUUCAUCCUUGGACAUCACGAGGGUCGAGAGAUAA